AUGGCUUCAAAUGAAACAGCCAGUGCCAAUGGAAUAUCAUUGAAUCAAAAUGAUCCUGUAUUUAAAUCUGUUGGUUUAAUUCUGGCGAUAACCAGCGGUGUAUUCAUUGGAUCAUCUUUUGUAUUUAAGAAAAAAGGUCUUCUUCAGUCUCAAAAACAAGCCGGAUCUGAGGCGGGUCAAGGUCAUAGUUAUCUUUCAAAUGGGUUAUGGUGGUCAGGAAUGAUACUGAUGAUUAUCGGCGAAAUAUGCAACUUUGUAGCAUACGCUUUUACACAAGCUAUCCUAGUUACUCCUUUAGGUGCGCUCAGUGUGGUCAUUAGUGCCAUCUUAUCAUCAAUAUUUUUAAAAGAGAGAUUAAAUAAUCUGGGUAAAAUAGGCUGCGCACAAUGUAUUAUUGGAGCGACUGUAAUUGUUUUACACGCUCCUAAUCAACAUAUUGCGUCAGAUAUUGAAGAAUUUAAAAAAAUGUUCUUCGCUCCUGUUUUCUUGACGUACGCAAUUGUUUCAAUAUUGGGAUCAUUAUUAAUAAUUUGGAAAGUAGCACCAAAAUAUGGAACAAAAUAUAUGCAAGUAUAUAUUGGAAUAUGUUCAUUAAUUGGGUCAUUAUCGGUUGUAACAACUCAAGGUCUUGGUACCGCUAUUGUAAAAACAAUUCAGGGGGAUAAUCAAUUUACACAUUGGUUUCUUUACGUACUCAUAGCGUUUGUAGUAAUAACAUUAUUGACAGAAGUUAAUUAUUUAAAUAAGGCUUUAAAUUUAUUUAAUACGGCAAUGGUAACACCCGUAUAUUAUGUUACAUUCACAAGUUUAACAAUAAUAAGUUCAGCAAUAUUAUCACAAGGUUUUGAAGCUCCACCAAAAAGUGUUGUUACAGUUGUGAUGGGAUUUCUCGUAAUUUGUAGUGGUAUAAUUUUAUUACAAUAUUCAAAAGUAUCAGGAAUAGAUACUUCUGGAACAUUGGUUACUUCAACAACUGAAACGAUUGGUAGGGAUAAUAGAUUAAGCGGAAGUGAAUAUGAACCUGAUAUAUCAGCAAUUAGAGCUAGUUUUGGUAGUAUUCGUAGAUAUUCUAUGAAUACGGGUAAAACUUAUCCGACAUUACCACACACAAUGCCCCCUUCUAAUAAAGAAUCUGGUAAUUAUUUACAUAGGAGGAGUCAAAGUCUUAAUUAUGGUAUGUUUAGGAAAGAUAGUAUACGUAGUGAUGGUGGAUUACCUACAAUUAAUGAAUCUGAUAGAAGUAUUGAUCGUAAAGCUACAACAAAAUCUUUAACAAAUCCUCAUAUUGAACCGAUUGAACCUAUUGAUAUAAAAGUUCAACAGAGACCUUCUGUUAAAUUUUCUUCUCCACAAACAUCUUCCUCAUCAUCAUCAUCUACAAUAACUUCAAUAGACGACAAUCUAAAGAAUAUUAAUGAUACACAAAGAAAGACUCCGAUCAUCCAUACUACUUCUUCAUCAAUUUCUUCUACAACUAUUACUGCCUCCCCUAAGGAAUCUCAACUGGAGGAAUAUUUUAAUUAUAAACCAUUAAACAUAAAUCCACCAUCACCACUUCAACAUCCAAUUGCUUAUAUAAAACAACACUUAUCCCCAACUGCUUCAAUUUUUUCGGAAAAUGGUACUAUCAAUAGUGAAAUUUAUAGUGGUAAUCCUAAUUUAAAAAGAGAUAGUAGUAGCAGUUCAAACAGAAGAUCUCAAAAUUCCAUGGGCAUUGUUGAUAAAUUGAAAUUGGGUAGAAGUGCUAGUAGUGGAAGUGAUGUUGAUCAUGAUGAUGAUGAAGUUUUGGUGAAAACUAUAGAAUAA